GAACUUUAGAAGCCACACAGAAAAUAUGUGAGAGGGGGGUAGAGAGGAAUAUUCAACUGUUCAAACGAUCACAUGGAGGAUGGGAGUUCACGGAUUGACAAGUUAUGUGGAAGGAAACCGUCAUUUCUUCACCGACCUGAGACUGAGAGACAGUAGACUGGUGAUUGACGGCUGCAGCCUAUACUUCCGUCUCUACUUCAGCUCUGGGCUGGACCAGCAGAAGGGCGGGGACUACGAUACGUUCGCUGAUGUGGUACGGCAGUUCUUUUUGGCACUGUCCACGUGCAAGCUGCACCCAUUUAUCGUCUUAGAUGGCGGGAUUGACCAGACGGAGAAGAAAUUUACGACUCUGCGUGAGCGAGCGCAAAGCAAAAUCCAGGAGGCUCACGCCCUGUCCCGCGGCGCUCACGGGAGUGUCCUCCCGCUGCUCACCCGCGAGGUCUUCAAACAGGUCCUGUCUGAACUUGGCAUCCCCGUGGUGCAGUGUGUGUCGGAGGCAGACUGGGAAAUCGCAUGCUUGGCCAAUCAGUGGGGCUGCCCAGUGCUGACCAAUGACAGUGACUUUUACAUCUUCGACCUGCGUGGGGGUUACUUGCCCUUUGCUUUCUUUGAGUGGAGUAACAUUAACGGCAAGGCCUCCGAGCGCUAUAUCCCUGCCCGCCGCUUCACCGUUAACCGCUUCUGCUCCAACUUUAACCACAUGAACAAACAGCUGCUGCCCCUGUUUGCCGUCAUCGCGGGGAACGAUUACACGCCAGCCAAGACAACGGAGAUGUUCUUCAGCAGGGUGGAGCUCUUCGGUGGCCCGCCGAUGGGCAGGCAGGGUGGUGCACGGGGACGACGGGCGAACCCCCGAAUCGAAGGCCUCCUACUCUGGCUGUCUCAGUUCCCUGGUCCUGCGGAGGCUGUGGAGGAGGUGCUGGAGGUGCUGGGAGGAAAGCAGAGAGGGAGCCAAAGAAAACUCCUCUCAGAUGGAAUGCAAGAUUACCACCUUUCCCCUACCAGCAGUUUGGCCCUGUACUUCUCUGGCAGUCAGCAGGCGCUACUGAGUACUCAGGGACUGCCGACGGUGCUGGCUUCCCAGCCGGAGUGGCUCUUAAGAGGGCUUACCUGUGGCAGGCUGCCCCCUCUGGUCCUGGAUGUGCUGGUUCUCCACAGAGCCCUUCUGAUUUGUCAGGUGGAGAACAGUCGUCUGCCCAGCACCCACACCACGUCACAAAGCAUCCGCCAGGCCUUUUACAGCCUGCUCCUGAGGGGCGGGAACCAGCAAGGUGUCGACCAGUCACAGCAGGGUAGAGGUAGAGGAGGAAGGGGCAGAGGGGGGCAAAGGCGGGGUAGAGGAGGACCACAUAAGGAUAGGACCAACUCAGACACUUUUGGCAGCUACAGCACUCCCUCUGGUGUGGAGGAAUAUGACAGGCAUGACCUCACUCUGAGGAGAACUGUAGUCGAAGCUCAGCUGCCCAGCACUGUUCCACUGCUGCAGCUGAACACACUAGACCAGUUGCCUAUACCUGGGCGUCGGCAGGUGUUGUUGGGUGUUCUGGGUGUGGCUGACAGUGUGUUGCAGGGUGUUCCUGUUCACCUCUGUUUACCUGUGUGUGUGACAUGUUUCUGGAUGAGCGCUGCCAAACCCAAGCCCAGUGCCUCCCUGCUGCAUGCCCUGCUACUGGGCUUUGUCUACGGAGAGCUCUGCCGAUGCAGAAGCCUCCCCAAAGAUCCUGCAUCCUCAUGUGCAGGGGUGAGGUCGGUGUGCACACGACUGGCUCGGUUGAGGGUGAAACCAGGGGAGAGGAGGGGCCUGGACCUGGGUGUGGCCUAUUCCCUCUGCCAAUGGCAGUCCUGUAUGUGGGCGGGGCUUUAUUUGAACCAGCUGUUGUGUUUCCCGCUCCCUGAGCCCCAGUGUGCCUGGGUGUUCAGUGGUACUCUACUCCACGGGCUGGAGCUUGCCCUGAGGACUGGGAGCUCUGCUGAAUCUCUUCUGGCGGAUGCAGCGCUUCCCAUGCAACUGUUCUCUUGCCUGCAGGGGGCGGUAAUGAGCUCCAGUGUCCACAGCCUUGGGCCUUCAUCCUGCUCAGCCGCAAAGCACAGCAGAGGGGGGCAGAGACAGACCCAACAAAGGGGGCGGGGCCGUGCUGGGAGGGGGAGGGGGAAUAGAGGAAGGGGGCGGGGUAAUCAUAGAAAUGGGGGGGCAUGGUCAGCUGAUGAUCUGGACAACAGGUUUGCGCUCUUAGUGACUGGAGAGGAUGAAGAUGAGGAAUAGGUGAGGAGAAAAGAAAGGCGUGUGUCUUAUAAGAGAGGGAUGAGCAGAGAUAGACUGCGUGAUGUCAUAGACUGCGUGAUGUCAUAGACUGUGUGAUGUUGCCUUCCUAAGGGACCACCUCCUUAUCUCCUUUCAUUCAUCUCAGGAACAGUAACACUCUUUUCAAUUUUACAGUCAUAGAGAAUCACUUUAACUAUAUGCUUUUUAAAAUGAACUCCCUGAGGUCAAACACGUUGGAGUGAAUGAACGCUUGUCUGUAAAGGCCGGGAACC